GAAGGUAUCCCUCUAAGCACUUCUUACUAGAUAAAUCCUGCCAACAAAUUGUUUUGUUGCUGUUGUUGCUGGAGCCUUACAAGACGUAACAAACCGAGCCAAUGGCCUCAAGACAAGGACUCCUGAGUGUGGUCACUUUGCUGUGUGUUGGGGCGACGACUCUUGACGCCGCAUCUCUGGCACUGAAGCCCGGACAAUGCCCGUCGGUCACUACCCAGGCGACGCUGGAUGUCUCAAAGUAUCUGGGUUUGUGGUACGAAAUCCAACGUUUCCCCAUCGUGUUUGAACGGGGCACGUGCAUCACAGCCGAGUACUCCCUCAAACCUAAUGGUCGCGUCAAGGUGGACAACAGAUUUCUCGAGAAGGGCGUUGUGAACCAAGCUAUUGGAGAGGCCUAUCAGCAGGAUCCCGUGAACAAGCCGGCAGUUCUGAGCGUCAGUUUCAGAGUAGGUUCGAGACCAGCACUGUACAACAUAAUUGAAACCGACUACAGCACGCACACUCUGAUUUACUCAUGCGAAAAUUUCGGUUCAACUCUUCAUGUGGAGUUUGCCUGGAUCCUGUCACGGACUCGGUCGCUUAACGCCACCACUGUGCAGCGCCUGGAGACCAAGCUUGGGUCUUUUGGGAUUGACACCAAGCAGUUCCUGGUGACCGAUCAGACGGGAUGCUCCAACGUGACAGCACCAAUAACUGAUAGCCCUCUUGUGGGCUGAAACCUACUCCUGCUGAAAUCUGAGGGGUUUUGAUCUUUUGAUUAGAUAUGUAUGUGACAAUAUGUAUGUGGAUUAAGCGUUCAGUAUUAGAUCUGGUGGGUUCGUUUCGUUUAUUAACCCUACCUCCCCCACAUCCCCCCAACCCCCAAAAAGAAAAGCCUAUUCGAAAUUGUUUCAGUAUUAAACACAAUAUUAUAAUGAUGAUUUCGUUUCCUCCCCAAUGCUAGUGAAUAGUCCAAUACCUCACACUGCCAUUCGAUUUCUUUUUUCAGUAUUAGACUCGUGUACUGAC